CUUCAGAUCUAUAUAUAUGGAUAUGGAUCAUGAAACAUUAGUAAUUGUAAACUUAAUUUCGUAAGCUUUUACAGAAACUUGUUCUUCAGUUCUCAUCCUUCAAUUUCUUACAUCGAUUCGAGUUUUUGUCGAUUCCGCAACUAAACACAUAGCUCCUGCAAGUAUCAAUUAAGAUGUCUGCUAUAAUUGAUUUGAAUCAUCGUUGCAUGGACUCUCUGCAGCAACUCAAGUCCAUCAGUCCUCUCAGCAGAAAAAGAUGGAACUUGGCUUUUGCAACUAUAUACUCUUCAAGAGCCUUCUCUCAUGCUAACAACACAUCGAAACCUCAUCAUAAUUACGUGAAAAUAGCGCGCCAAGAUCACGUUCUUGAUGUUUCUUCAGCUUCUUUUCCAAAGGCCAACCAGACAAGUCUUGGGCGAUUGGUAAAGGAUAAAGAUCUGGACCACCUAGAGAGUCUUGGUGGUGUAGAUGGUUUAGUUGCAGCUCUUAAAACAGAUGUGGAGCAUGGUAUAGAUGCAGAUUCUGAUGAUAUUACACGACGCCAGGAAGCUUUUGGGAUUAAUACGUAUCCUAGGAUGCCUGCCAAGACUUUCUUUAGCUUUGUUGUUGAAGCAUUUAAGGAUCCAACUAUUCUCAUUCUCCUUGUCUGUGCUGCUCUUUCUCUUGGUUUUGGAAUGAAAGAAGAUGGACCUAAAGAAGGAUGGUACGACGGGGGAAGUAUAUUUGUAGCCGUUUUUCUAGUGAUAUCUGUCUCUGCAAUUAGUAAUUUCAGGCAGAGCAGACAAUUCGACAAGUUGUCUAAGGUCAGCAACAAUAUUCAAGUGGAGGUUGUUAGGAAAGGGAGGCGUCAGCAGAUUUCUGUCUUUGAUAUCGUCGUGGGAGAUGUGGUUUGCUUGAAGAUUGGUGAUCAAGUGCCUGCAGAUGGACUUUUUGUAGAGGGUCAUUCUCUACAGAUUGAUGAAGCAAGCAUGACAGGGGAAAGUGAUCAUGUCGAAGUUAAUCUUGACAAAAAUCCGUUUCUCAUUUCGGGUACUAAAGUGGCUGAUGGAUAUGCAAAGUUUGUGGUCACUUCUGUUGGCAUGAAUACAACAUGGGGAGAGAUGAUGAGUUCAAUUAGUCAGGAUUCGAGUGAAGAAACGCCCCUCCAAGCCCGGCUCAACAAACUCACCUCAUCAAUAGGUAAGAUUGGUUUAGCAGUAGCUUUUCUAGUACUUGUAGUCUUGUUGAUUAGGUUUUUUACUGGGAAUACUAAAGACGAUGAUGGAAAGACUGAAUUCAACGGAAGCAAGACCAAGGCAGACGAUGUGAUUAAUGGUGUUGUGGGGAUAAUUGCUGCUGCAGUCACCAUUGUAGUCGUGGCGAUACCUGAGGGAUUGCCCUUGGCAGUCACCCUUACACUUGCUUACUCCAUGAAAAGAAUGAUGGCUGAUCAGGCUAUGGUGAGGAAGUUGUCUGCUUGCGAGACCAUGGGCUCUGCCACAACUAUUUGUACUGAUAAAACAGGUACUCUCACAAUGAACCAAAUGAAGGUAACUAAGUUUUGCCUUGGAAAAGAAUCUGUGAAAGAUAUCAGUUAUAAUACUAUUGCGGCUAGUAUUGUUGAGCUCUUCCACCAAGGAGUUGGUUUAAACACAACUGGCAGUGUUUACAAAGCCAAUUUAGCAUCGGAGUUGGAGUUCUCAGGUAGUCCUACUGAAAAGGCAAUUCUUUCUUGGGCUGUCUUAGAGCUAAAUAUGGAUAUGGAGGAACUGAAACGGAGCUAUAAACUUCUACAUGUGGAAGCUUUCAAUUCGGAGAAGAAGAGAAGUGGAAUUCUCAUGAGAAAAAAUGGGGACAACACUAUGCAUGUACAUUGGAAAGGAGCUGCAGAGAUGAUAAUAGCAAUGUGUACUCACUAUUAUGACUCACUUGGAAACAUGAAAGUUAUAGAUGAUACUGAAAGGGAGGAAAUUAAUCAACUUGUUCAAGGUAUGGCUGCUAGUAGUCUGCGGUGCAUAGCAUUUGCACAUACACAAGUCUCCGAAGAUGAAUAUGAUGAGGGGAAGGCAAAACUAAAAGACAGCAGCUUGACCCUAUUGGGUCUAGUUGGUUUAAAGGAUCCAUGCCGACCUGGUGUGAGGAAAGCUGUCCAAGAUUGUCAACAUGCUGGUGUGAAUGUUAAGAUGAUCACAGGAGACAAUGUCUUUACUGCAAAAGCAAUAGCCACCGAGUGUGGGAUACUAAGGCACGACCAGGACAUGGACGGAGCAGUGGUUGAGGGUGUGGAAUUCAGGAACUACACCCAAGAGGAGCGAAUGGAGAAAGUUGAUAAAAUUUGUGUGAUGGCAAGAUCGUCGCCUUUUGACAAGCUUUUAAUGGUACAAUGCCUCAAACAGAAGGGACAUGUCGUUGCAGUUACUGGCGAUGGAACAAAUGAUGCUCCUGCACUAAAAGAAGCUGAUAUUGGUCUCUCUAUGGGGAUCCAGGGUACAGAGGUCGCCAAAGAGAGCUCAGAUAUAGUUAUAUUGGAUGAUAAUUUCGCAUCUGUGGCAACUGUUUUGAGAUGGGGAAGAUGUGUUUACAACAACAUCCAGAAAUUCAUUCAGUUUCAGCUUACGGUGAAUGUGGCAGCUCUUGUAAUCAACUUUGUGGCAGCUAUAUCAUCUGGAGAAGUUCCAUUAACAGCAGUCCAGUUACUUUGGGUGAAUCUAAUCAUGGACACGUUGGGAGCUCUUGCGCUUGCUACUGAACAGCCAACCAAAGAGCUUAUGGACAAGCGGCCUGUGGGUCGUACAGAGCCACUCAUAUCAAAUAUAAUGUGGAGGAACCUGAUAGCUCAAGCCUUUUACCAGAUUGUAGUUCUCUUGACAUUGCAAUUUGGAGGGGAAAAGAUUUUCAAUGUGAACGAAAAGGUAAAAGACACUUUGAUUUUCAACACCUUUGUGCUUUGUCAAGUAUUCAACGAGUUCAAUGCAAGGAAGCUAGAAAAGAAGAACGUUUUCGAGGGGAUACACAAGAAUAAGCUGUUUCUAGGAAUUAUCGGGAUCACAAUCGUUCUCCAAGUUGUGAUGGUAGAAUUUCUAAAGAAGUUUGCAGAUACAGAGAGACUGAACUGGGGACAAUGGGGAGCAUGUAUCGGUAUAGCUAUUCUAUCUUGGCCUAUCGGUUUCCUGGUAAAGUACAUACCUGUUUCAGAGAAACCGUUCUUCAGCUUUCUGAAGGGAAGAACUUGAAGGACGUCUGCAUAGAUAACAUAUCAAGAUCUUAGAGUCAUUAUAAGUCGCUGUGUAUUAUUAAUUGUUCUAUUAAAUUCUUUCAAUUUUCUACCCUAGAAUUCUUUACAUUCAUAUUUGUACAAAAACUAUAUACAUUUAUAAAAUCUUAUUUUGCAAUUAUAUGA